AUGGACGAACCCGAGGAGUUCGAGCAGUUGUCUGACGCAGAAGAGGUUUUUGAGCAGAUGCAUGACACCGGGGUUGAGAACCUAAAAAUCAAUUGUAUGGCGAUCACUUCAGACACUGCACCAUGGUAUGCUGAUUUCGUGAAUUACAAGACAAGCGGACAGGUUGAAGAUUCGAACAAGCAGAUCAAGGGUAUCUUGUCAAGGAUUGUUGGAGUCUCGAAGAAAGAUUGGUCUGUCAAGUUGGACGAGACUCUCUGGGCAUACAGAACAGCGUUUAAGACGCCAAUAGGACGAACACCUUUUCAGUUGAUCUAUGGUAAAGCAUGUCAUCUUCCUGUAGAGGUUGAGUAUAAGGCACUUUGGAUUAUCAAGUUGCUGAACUUGGAUAUCGACACAGCUCAGGCAAAGAGGACUCUUGAUCUACAUGAGUUGGAUGAAAUCAGACUUGAUGCCUAUGAGAGCUCAAAAAAGUUACAAAGAAAGUACCAAAAAAUUUUAUGA